AAGUACAAAAGAGAGAAGACUAGAAAAAAAAGGAAGAAGCGAGUCCACACGAACGCGCAGAAAAAGGUCAAAGAGGGUUAAAUAAAAAAAAGCUUCUUCUUGAGAAAGUCUCUGCUUGUAAUUUCUCUGGAGAGAGAGAGAGAGAGAUGGGUGCUUCUGCUUCGGUUCCGGAGAGAUCCGUCCAUCAAUUCACCGUAAAGGAUAGCUCGGGGAAGGAUGUGAAUUUGAGCAUUUACCAAGGGAAAGUCCUCCUCAUCGUCAAUGUGGCCUCCAAAUGCGGUUUCACCGAAUCUAACUAUACCCAGCUCACCGAACUUUACCGGAAAUACAAGGACCAAGAGUUUGAGAUCUUGGCAUUCCCUUGCAACCAGUUUCUAUACCAGGAGCCAGGCACAAGUCAAGAAGCUCAAGAGUUUGCCUGUACACGCUUUAAAGCAGAAUACCCUGUUUUCCAGAAGGUAGGUAGAGAUCAGAUCAGGACGCUUGGAUUGAAAGUAGUAACAUAUGUUAAUCCUACGAGAGUGAUAAAAUUUAUCUGGCCAAUCCAGUCCGAAGUUAAUAGUUAG